AUGGCCAGCCUGAGUUACAGGUUUUUAAAGCGUGGCACUGAGACGCCUAAUCAGCUCACGAAGCAGCAAGAUAAAUGCCCGGGCUGGCACCCUGCGGAGGAAGGCCGGGUACUCAUAGCAUGGACCCCUGAGACCUGCCCUGCACUUGAUUGCAGCAGGAGGGAGUCCAGGAGCCAGGGUUGCCACGGUGUCUCCGUCAGCCUCGCCAUGAACCUGGAGCCGUCAAAGGCUGAGUUCCGGUCAGCCACCAGGGUGGUCGGGGGACCUGUCACCCCCAGGAAAGGACCCCCUAAAUUUAAGCAGCGACAAACCAGGCAGUUCAAGAGCAAGCCCCCGAAGAAAGGCGUCCAGGGGUUUGGGGAUGACAUCCCUGGAAUGGAAGGCCUGGGAACAGACAUCACGGUCAUCUGCCCUUGGGAGGCCUUCAACCACCUGGAGCUGCACGAGCUGGCCCAGUAUGGCAUCAUCUAG